AUGCUAGUUAGUCCAGAGGAUUUCAGAGCUUGGUAUGGAAGACUUGUGGGUAUCUUGAAGACAAAGGUUGAAUAUGGAUUUCUCAACUAUUUCUUCACAUUUCCAGACUACCAACUUAUGUCUACUCUAGAAGAACACUCUUAUUGGUUUGGUUUGCCAGUCUCUGACAAAUUACCAUUCAGUGAUUCAGAGAAGACCCCUACACCAGCAGCUAUUGCAGAAGCACUUCACAUAGAAACGUAUGUUGUGAAGGCCAACUUCAUUAAAAAAGGAGGGAUUCUAGGUUUAACCUCUAGAUUCCUGAGGGAUAAAGCCUUUAUCUUUGCAAAAGCAGAUAGUAGAGAUGCCUUUGAAGCCAUUUUGGCUCUACUCAUUUAUGGAAUUAUGCUCUUCCCAAACAUUGAUGACUUUUUGGAUGUUAACAUUGUACAAAUCUUCUUAAUUGGUAACCCAGUACCCACAUUACUUGGAGAUACCUACCAUUAUAUCCAUCACAAUACUAAGAAAGGUGGUGGAACCAUUCUUUGUUGUGCAUCUCUCGUAUAUAAGUGGUUUAUUUCUCACUUACCUGGAUCCAGGCUCUUCAGGGAGAAUCCACAGAAGCUCAGAUGGUCUCAGAGUUUCAUGUCCAUUGAUCAAGGGAAUAUACAUUGGUAUGACCCCUCCUAUGAUGUCAGAGUAAUUAUUGACAGUUGUCGUGAAUUUCCUAAUGUACCUCUCCUUGGUGUACAUGGGGGAAUUAACUAUAACCUCAUCCUUUCCAGACGCCAGUUAGGAUAUCCUAUGGCAGAUAAACCCGAUAACCUUCUAUUGUCAGGUUUCUUUUACCUCAACAAAGAAGAGAGUUUCAGUUUGAAGGAUAGAAUCAUACAUGCUUGGCGCAACAUUCACAAGAAAGGAAAAGACCGAUUAGGAAGAAAUAAUUGUGUUGCUUUUGAACCCUACACCCAAUGGGUUUGUGCUAGAGACAGUGAACUUAAGAUUCCCUAUGCUCCUGAGAAUCCCUCAUUCCCUUAUGUUAUAACAUCAUCAUCCACCAUUCCUAUUGAAAAUAGGGAAGAGUUUCAAGAAAUUUUGGCUAGGUUGAAAUUGGAAAGAGACACUUGGGAAGGCUGGUACAUAUCUUGA